CAUCAGUGCACAAAAAUGGCAGAGUCGGAGGAGGAGGAGAUGGAUGUCUUGGUCCAGAGAGUUGUAAAAGAUAUCAAUAAUGCCUUCAAGAGAAAUCCCCACAUGUACGUAGCUAUAUCCAAUUUAUUGUAAAUAACGAGUACGAUUAGCUAGCUACAAGAUAACAGCAAACUAAUCAUGGCAUGGUGUUCUAACGAGAUAGCUAACGUUCGUUUGCUUGCUAACGCAGCUAAUGAUAGCUAUCUAACCAUCACAGCUUGUUGUUCAGCUAGCUAGCUAACAUUCAGGAUAAAAAGCUAGCCAGAGCCCGGAGGAUAGCAUAUGCUUGCUAAAAUAGCUAGCUAUUUACCUAGCUUGUAUAUUUGCAUACAUUUAGCCACACGUUGCAGAGGAUAUAUAUUUGACUGUGCAGUGGAAUUUGUUUGCCACUUAGUAGCUAGCUAACUACGUUAGCUAACUACAGUAGCCAAGAAGGCUAGCUACUUGAUUUGCAGAAAAAGUAAACACAGCCUUGUUAUUCCCAGUUCUGGAAUGGCAUGCAUAAAUCACGUGAUCAGAAAGUGCUUGUUUUGACCACAUAUUAAAGUAUAUAGCCAGCCAAAUACUGUUGGAACAGUCCUUGGCUCGCGACUCUUCUCUCGCAUGCAAUGUCAUAGACUGUUAUGUGGAAGUGACAUUUCCAGAUUCCUUCCUCUUCAUGCCAGUAAGUACAGAAAUGAGGUCUGUCACUUUUAUAUCCAGAUCUUGUCACUACUAUACUGAACAAAAAUAUAAACGCAACAAUUUCAAAGAUUUUACUAAGUUACAGUUCAUAGAAGGAAAUCAGUCAAUUGAAAUAAAUUCAAUCAGCCCUAAUCUAUGGAUUGCACAUGACUGGGCAGCCAGGCCCAGCCAAUCAGAAAUCGUUUUUCCCCACAAAAGAGCUUUAUUACAGAUAUAAAUACUCCUCAGCUUUUUGUGCAUAUGGAACAUUUCUGGGAUCUUUUAUUUCAGCUCGUGAAACAUGUGACCAACACUUUACAUGUUGUAUUUAUAUUUUUGUUGAGUAUAGUUGUCAUCCUUCACCCCAGAUUUUACUGCUGAGUUUGGCUCUCUGAUUCAUAUAUGUUUUAUUUAUAAUCUUAUCUCAAAAACCUGUCAGGUUUCACACCUGCUGUUUUGAUUCCAUGGAGAUCUGCUCUGGUAAUGACAUAAUCAGAUUAAUGGGUUAAUAUCAGUCAACUCAUUCUGAGAUAGCUACUGUCUUUGUAGCUACGCUUUCCAAGUUGCUAGCUAAUCAUAUCUAAUAAUGAUCAUGUUAUUACUUGGUCUAAUAACAUGGUAAAUAAUGCCUUGUUGGGCUUAGAAGAGUGUCAGCUCGCUAGAUGUAUUCUGUUUAGAAGCUUAUCUGCCUGAGUGUUCUAAAUUAGAACUGGCCUACAUUCUGUAGCUCAUUUAAGAACAGGGUGUGAAUGCUUCAACUUUGAUGCUGAGCAUCUCCUUGUUUUGGCAGCAAGCUCAUAACCACCAUGCGCUUUUGAGAGAUAUCAAAAGAGGCUAUGCAGUACAAGGCACAACGGAAUGUAAAAGAUAAAUUUGAUGCACAGUUCAGUUCCACUUAAUCAGAAAUAGAACAUACGCAGGUAUAAUAACCUCUUUGAACUGAGUACAUUUCUACUUUAUAAGGUAAAGGCAUUUUUACGGGGCAAGAAAAUCCUUCAAUGAAAACAACAUCUAAGCCUGAUUUGUAGUGUUUGAAUAGGUGCAUAGGCUCGAUCCGUCUUGUGUUGUGAGUGACCUGUGCUGAGCGCUAUACUGAGCUGUGCUGUGUGCACACACCAGGGUUCCAGACUAACAUUUCCCCCUAGUGGCACUGAUACGUUUUUCAGUUGGUGGCACCAGCCAAUGAUUUGGUCGCAUCCAUAAAAAAAUAAAGUAAAACAAACAUGCCUCUCUGACAUGUAGAAUAAGGAAUCACUCCAGUUCUAUUUGUGACAUUUCUACCUGAAAUGUUCCAAUCCAUUUUGCUUACUGAACAUGGCCCUGCUGCAAAGGGGUUGUGUGUGUGUGCGUGAACCGCAGUUUGAGGCAAACCAGUUCUGCUGUGUGCUCAGUGAGGCGUAGACUCUCUGGAGAUGCAUUUGUGCAAACUAGGCUGCUCUCUACAAGGCUUGUGCCCCGUCCUCCAGACCAGUGUUGUGUUGGGCAUCUAAAGUGUGCUUCUGCUCCUUCAACUAGAGACACAUUUAGGCGAAAUACAAGGGUACCUACUCCCUAAACCAGGCAGUGAAUAAAACCCACCAUCAGACAGGGGUGGAGGUUAUUGCUGGGUUCUUACUGAGGUUAAAAGGUUAUUACUGUAUGUGUGAGUGUGAGCAUGCAUGUAAGAGAGCAUGGGUAUCUGAGAUCAUGUGUGUGUCUGUGUGUUUGUGUUGUUGUUGUGUUAGAGCAAUGAGCAUGCAGGUUUUCACACACUCUCUUUCCCCCUCCCCCUUCCUAGUGAUGAGAUAGGUCUGAUCCUGUGUCCUGAGGCCAGGUAUAACCGCAGCCCCAUUGUGCUGGUAGAGAACAAGUUGGGAGUGGAGAGCUGGUGUGUCAAGUUCCUGCUACCCUACGUCCACAACAAACUACUGCUCUACAGGCAGCGCAAACAGUGGCUGGACAGGGAAGGUAAGAAGAAGAAUGAUGUAUUCUUUAUCCAGUUUCCUUACAGUCCACUGAGACACACACACAUACAGUACCAGUCAAAAGUUUGGACACACCUACUCAUUCAAGGGUUUUUCUUUAUUUUUACUAUUUUCUACAUUGUAGAAUAAUAGGGAAGACAUCAAAACUAUUCAAUAACACAUAUGGAAUCAUGUAGUAACCAAAAAAGUGUUAAACAAAUCAAAAUAUAGUUUAUAUUUGAGAUUCUUCAAAGUAGCCACCCUUUGCCUUGAUGACAGCUUUGCACACGCUUGGCAUUCUCUCAACCAGCUUCACAAGGAAUGCUUUUCCAACAGUCUUGAAGGGGUUCCCACAUAUGAUAGACUUGAAAAAUAUAAAAUGCAUACAACAGUGGUUCCAUACUAAAAUGUUUAAACAGAAAGACAAGACUGAUUAAACAGAUCACAACAUUUGGCUUAAAAGUUGAUAAACUAUGAAUAAUUCACAUUACAAGCGCAGCAAUGUGUUCAGUUGUCUCGGCCAUAUGCGUGAAUGUUCCAAAAUGCAAUUACGGGAGAACACCAUUCUCAAACACGCACCUGAUGCGAGCGGUUUUUAUGAUGUGACAGAGAUGGAUAUACAGCCUAAUGGUAGAAACUUAGAAAGAGGGAAUAUCUGAAGAUGCAACAAUAUGAUUGUGCCUUACUGCCUUUGGACAGUAGAAGAAGAAAUGCUGGUUUCAAUGGCAUAUCAGGAAAUCUUCGCUUUUUUUCUAUGGUGGGAUUUUGGCUGUAGGCUAUUAAAAGCAAGGUGAGAUAGGCUAUGUAAAACGUCCAGGUUUCAAACAAUGAUAUGGCUGGCUUGGCAUCGCAUAUGUAAUUAUUUAGGUUAUGGAAAUCUAUAAUAUUAGAAUAUCAUUCCAAUGUUGGGCAAAUAGGCCUAUUAGAAUGCACACUUUACUCUCUUCCAGCCUGUCUGCGGGCCCGUCGGCCUGGAGCCGAGAUUUAGAGUGCUGGGAGUUGCUGAGGCAUUUGCAUUGUCUGUAGGCUAUGGCUAGAUACUAUGGUAUUCUAGAGAAUAUGGUUGGAUCUCCCUGACCUGAACUGAAUGCACACUGUAAAAUGUGCAAAGAAUUUCUGCCUCGUGCUGUAACACUGCCUGGCUUGGGGCUGUGCGUGCGCACGUGAAGAGCUGAGUGCGCACAGGCAUAGAAAUGUGUUUAAUUUUCUUGAAACUGAAGUGAGACUUUGUCCUUGGCUAUUUGAAUUGUUUUGUUCACAAGCUAGGUUGUUUUUCAAUGUUUGAGUUUCAACUGCUAGGGAAGAGAAGCAACGCGGAUACUUGUCAGACUCUCAAUCUCACAGGCACAAACAUGACUCGAGUUGUACUACCAUGGUAACCUCCCGCCCGUAAAGGGGUAGGUGACAUUUUUUGUCUCAUCUGUGAUAUUUUGGUUAAACUACUUUAUACCACAUUACUUCUUACUAGUAAUACAUUUGUUGUUUUAGAAACAUUUCAAAGCAUGCUCAUCCGUAUUUCUGUGUUUUGUUGGUGUAAUUCUAGCGAAGAAAAAUAUUUUAGCUGGUAAAAAAUCUGAGUGGCUGGUGUCCCAAAACUAACAUUUCAGGCAAUGGGCGUUAGCAAGUGGUGGUACUCAAAAAGGUCAAGGCGACCAUUCUUCAGUGACUGAAGAGGGAGGGGUGAAGCAAAGAAAGUGAACGCUGGGUAACACACACACACACCUGUUCUUUAUUGUAAAUCCCGAGUGGCGCAGUGGUCGUAGCCGGCCGCGACCGGGAGACCCAUGGGGCGGCGCACAAUUGGCCCAGUGUUGUCCAGGGUAGGGGAGGGAAUGGCCGGCAGGGAUGUAGCUCAGUUGGUAGAGCAUGGCGUUUGCAACGCCAGGGUUGUGGGUUCGAUUCCCACGGGGGGCCAGUAUGAUUUUAUAAAAUAAAAUAAAAACAUAAAUAAAAUGUAUGCACUCACUAACUGUAAGUCGCUCUGGAUAAGAGCGUCUGCUAAAUGACUAAAAUGUAAAUGUAUAUUGUUGUGUUAUGUUGUUUAAUGGGGCAGCUGGUGGUGGAAUGUAAUGUGACCAACCACCUCGAUUCGGUCUUAUGUAGCAACAUUUGAAUUUUUUAUUUAUUUUUACAUUGGAUAAAAGUAGAUACUCAGAGCUACAAAAUUGUAUAUUAUACACUGUAGUUGAGGAACAAUGGGAAAGUAAUUCUGCUUUGAAAGUUGAUAAAGUUGAUAAACAUGUAACCCCACUUUUGAGAAAAUGGCACUUGAAUGUUUUGGUAAACCUACUGGAGCGCUCUUCUUUGUCCACACCCAUUCAGCAUCGUUCACACCCUCUUAAGCCUUAGCCCCACCCAUCUCUUUAAGGAUUCACAUGUGAGGCCAUGUGGUAGACACACGCUAUAUCAAAUAAAAUCUAAGUUUAUUUGUCACAUUCACAGGAUACAGAAGGUGUAAAUGGUACAGUGAAGUGGUUACUUGCAUAGUAGCAAUAUCAAAAACAGAAAGUGUCCAGGUACAAAUAUUUUAUAAUUAUUUUAUCAUUAUUAGAUUAUGCUUACCACCCCCCAGGCACAUCUAGGUAAGUGGAUGGGUCACUAUUGUCUAGACAUGUACACAUGUUCAAGAAAUACAAUAGAUGGCCAUAAUCACCCCCAGACACACCUGGCUAAUUUGAUGGGUCAUGUAAUAAUCCGGCCGAAGUGGAGUCUUUUGUUUAGACAUGUAUUUAGCUAGGUAGCUAGCUAAACAAUUGUCAUAGCUGUAGUAUGAAUCUGCAGGUAGCUAAAGCUAACAAACUAGUUUCAAUGUUAGCUAGCUAACAUUAGGCUAUAACUAGCAAUGCAAAUAGAUUUCUGAUUGAAUAAUAUUACUACACAGAUCAUACACAUAACGUUAGCUAGCGAGCCAGCAAGCUAACGUUUGCUAGCUAACUAAUAGUACGCUUUACCUUGCAAUAAAAACGACUUUCUGACAAAAUUAGAAAGUAGCUAGACUCUUGUGGAUGAACGCUUCACGGCAGACUGUAGCUACAUCUUGUUUGGCCAGCGUUGUGUCGAGUCACUCUGGUUCACACUGACCGUGGCGUGUGCAGAAAGUAGCCCAUCACUUUUUCCAACUGAUCUGUCGAUAGUGCCUGCUAUAUUCAGGGCCUCAAUGUUGUUGAGAAAAGUAGCAAAACUUUUGUAGUUCACGAUGGCUAACGUUAUAUCUUUCAUGGGCGGCAGGUAGCUUAGUGGUUAAGAGCGUUGUGCCAGUAACCAAAAGGUCGCUGGUUCUAAUCCCCGAGCCGACUAGGUGAAAAAUCUGUCGAUGUGCCCUUGAGCAAGGCACUUAACCCUAAUUGCUCCUGUAAGUCACUCUGGAUAAGAGCGUCUGCUAAAUGACCAAUUAUUAUUAUUAUUAUAAAAACAGUGCGGUGGAAAGGACUGUCAACACAUACUGAACAGCUCACGUUAUAGACAGAAGCUGCUACAUGGCAGACCAAUCCAAAUUCAUCUCACGGCAUGUCCAGCCCAUCCAUUAUCUCAGCCAAUCAUGGAUAGCGGGAAGGUUCCUGUCUUUUUCCGUGGCUAAACGAACUAGGUUCGUAAUUUAACAAUUUUAUUCGUAUUUAUGGAUGGAAUACAAGUUUGUUAUUAAGGUACAUGAAAGUUCACAUGUUCCAGAAGGCCUUUCUGAAUAAAAACGUAUUUUGAUAAAAAAUUAAUGUUUACAUUCAAAUGCCUCUCCUGUAAAGUAGUGAUGUGCGACAUAUGCCUAGUUUCUUGGAACGAGUCACUAAUAUCUCAGACUUAAGUUUAUUCAGUAACUAGUUCACAAUAACGUUGGUCCCUCUUAGAUAUAUUGUAUACAUGUGGUUAGCAUGUUCAAUUAAUAAAUUAUUAUUAUAAAUAAUGUAAUGGAUGUUUGUCUGUUUUCAUUAAGAUGCAAAAAGUAGUUUUUUAACAAAUUAAGUUGAUGUAAUGAAGACUGUCUGUAUUCAUCUCAUAAAUACACCAAUUACUUUAAAAGCACUGCAAAUGACCUAGAACCAUGUUGGCAUAUCAAAACAUCAAAAUAUAUAUAUUUACAUUUUGGGACGGUUGAAGUUCAGUUUGGGACAGUUGAAAUUGCACUUUGGCACAGUGAGAAAAAAAGGUAGUCGCAAGCCCUGAUGUAUACCUCGAGUGGAUGGAAGCACACUAGUCAGCCACGGUGCAGCGGCACCCCGUGGAACAGUUAGGAGCUAAGUGCCUUACUCAAGGGCAGAGCGGCAGGAGAUGCCAUCAACGGCUUUUCAUACCUGCAGCUUUUCAGUCAGGGAAAGUAACACUUUGUACAGCUGCUUGCUUUGGGGCUCCUCACUGUUGAUAGUAAGGGCUACUGUACUCUGAAGUCCUGAGGUACAGUGCAUUCGGAAAGUAUUCAGACCCUUUGACUUAUUCCACAUUUUGUUACGUUACAGGCUUAUUCAAAAAUUGACUAAAUUGUUUUUGUCCCUCAUCAAUCUAUACACAAUACCCCAUAAUGACAAAGCAAAAAUAGUUUUUUAGAAAUGUUUGCAAAUUUAGAUCAAAAAAUUGAAAUAUCACAUUUACCAAUGUAAAUGUACCCUUUACUCAGUAGUUUGUUGAAGCACCUUUGGCAUUAGAGCCCGACCGAUAUGGGAUUUUUGCAUUCGAUACUGAUUUUAGGGAGGCAAAAGUUACCGAUUACCAAUAUGUUUUUUUGGAGGUGCAAUGAAAACAUACCUUUUUUCACAAAUUGUGCUCCUAAAUAUACAAAUGUACAUUAUUUAAGAACAUUUUAUUUGUGGUUUACACCAAAAAACAACUAUAUUCUCUAUAAAUACGUAAGUAAAUACAAAACACUUGUUCAGUUUACCUUCUUAGACACAGCUUUAAGGUGUACCUAUCUAUGGCAGUGGAUAAGAAUGCAGAAGUGUUUAUGCUGAAUCACCACAAGCACACUAAUAAACAAGAAGGGCUGAAUGAAUUAAACUUUGUCUCAAAGUAAAUCUGUAUACAACCUAUGCAGUGAAAGUUCAGUGAAAUGCAUUUGCAUUGAGAAUAUUCACUAAAGUGCUUUACAACAGUCAAAGGUCAUUUUAAGAAAUACUUUAUGUCAACCUCACAAUGAAAGGGUUUCCACUAGUUAACACAGCCACAAAGUCAGAAUGGGUGAUAUCGGUCUUAAUUUAAGGUUAGGCAUAAGGUUAGCAGUAUGUUUAAAAUCACAUUUUAAGAAGAUACAUUUUAUAAAUAGCCGGAGUUUAUGUCUUUGUGGCUGUUUUAUUUUAUUUUAUUUUUUUGUAACUAGUGACGACCCAAUGAAAGCUUAUGACAAGCACACGCUAGCUGUUCAUUACGAGAAAAAAAGAAAUUAAACCAUCAUGUAAAUUACACUGUUAUUCAAUACAAACUGUAUUGGCUAUAUAUUUCAACUGCAAAUGGCAUGUGCCGAUGACUGAAAACGUUCAUGCAGGAAAAUGCUUGCUGCACUGGUUUUAGUCACACACGUUCUAAUUAACUAGCUAACAAUCUUAUCUCAUCAUGAAUGUAAGCACGGCCUGAAUGAUAGAUCUGCGGUAACUGUAUGAGCAGACGUAUUUGUUAAUUCUAUGUACUUUAUAUCGGCGCUUUAUCUGUGGAAUAAAGACCGAUAAAAAUUUUUUCUGUGAAAGGCAAAUAUCGCCCGAUAAUAUCGGUCAACCGAUAUAGCUUUUGGGGAUGUGUCAAAAUUGUCAAGUGGUCUGGUCCUUUCAUUACCUUUUUGAACGGCCAACAUUUAUUGUAGCAAACAAAAUGGGCAUUAUAGACCACUUUACUUGUACUUCAAAUAAUCAUUUGAUAUGCUAAACUGUCUCUCUCUCUCCCUCUUGAAGCUCUGGUGGACAUCACUUGCACUCUGCUGCUGCUCAACCCAGACUUUACCACCGCUUGGAAUGUCAGGUAUGGACACCAGCCAAUGACUCCAGCUCACACCAGCCCAGCUGUGUUGUGUAUUAGGGCCGGGACGAUACCAGUAUCGCGAUACUCAUUUGUAUCGUGGAAAGGAAAUAAAACAUGAAGCGGAUUCAACUUCUUUAGGAAAGCAGACAUAAUGUUUGGAAACAAACAUCAUUAUGUUGUCAUCCAGAGUCACAUUUAUUUAUUUUCCAAGCUAUAGCACACAAUAUUCUACAUACAGCAGGUUUUUAAAGGACCAAAGCAUUUGGUCUGCUUCGUGUUUUCAUUUUUGCCAUGGAAAAAACAUUGCAAUGCUAGUAUCGUCCCGGCCCUAUUGUGGAUACGAUAUGUGUGUAUAUGUUGUGGCUGCAAUAACACACAAUAACAAAGUCCUGUAAAUAGACCCACUCCGUCCGCCUACUCCCUAUCAGCUAGACAAACAGACAAAAAACAUUAAGAUUCCUUGAUAUAAGUGCUUCAUGCAACAAAACGUAUUCCUUUUGAUCUCAGAGGCUGUUUUUUUUAAUGACAUUCUCUAGAACACUUCAGUCAGUACUGUGUUGAAAUAUUAACUACCCUGAAUUCUUAGCUGCUCUGAAGAAAUUAGGCCAAGCUGUUUUUUGUACUUGUUUGAACCUCCGCUGAGUCUCCUCAUAUUUGUUUUUGCAUUGUCAUUAUGGGGAAUUGUGUGUAGAUUGAUGAGGGAAAAAAUGUAUUUAAUCAAUUUUAGAAUAAGGCUGUAACGUAACAAUGUGGAAAAAGUCGAGGGGUCUGAAUACUUUCCGAAUGCAGUGUAUAUUGUCUCUCAUUGCUUCAGUCUUUUGUUCUUCUUUCUAGCUCUUUAAAUCUCACGGUUUGAUGUUAGACAUUCACUCUCCUUCAAAAGAAAAGGAAAAGCCACACACACUGGUAGCUUUGAUGCAAUAAUUUCUUAACAAUAAUUGCAAUAAUUUAUUUAUCAAUGUUUCGACAGCAGGCUGUCUUUAUCAGGGUUUCAAGACAUUCCGUUUCCAAUAGAGCCAGACCGAUAAAUCGGUUGACCGAUAUCGGCCGAUAUUAGCCUUUCACAUAAAUAUUUAUAUCAGUCUUUAUUCCACAGAUAAGGCACCGAUAUUAUAUACAUAGAAUAAACAAAUACGUCUGCUUGUUUGCAGUCAUUUUUUUGAAAAUAUCAAUGGUUGCCUGAAGAGUGCCGGACAUCAUUCAGCCCUAGGUCACAACGUGAGAGAGAGUAGGCAUGGUAGUUUGACGGGGAAUAGCUUGCCACAGCCAGCGUAUAUGAAUAAGUAAAUAAUCAAAAGAACACUUCACCAAGCAAGCAGCCCUGUCCUCAUCACAUUCACACUAAGUUAACGUUAGCUGGCUAGCCAGGAAGGUUGUUUGCUUAGCUAGCUAGCCAGCAAGGUAGUUAGCUUAGCUAGCUAGCAAUCUGUUCUACUUAUGUGCUAACACUGGACUGGCGCCAAAGUGAACACUCGUCCUUGAUACAAAAAGAACACUGUUACUGUCUAUUAUGUUAGUUUUCCGAAAUAUAUAAUCUGCAAAAAGCUUGACAGUUUGUGCAGAUUUAUCACUAAGGCGUGUGCUUACAUUCAUGAUGAGAUAACUAGCUAACGUUUGCUAGCUAGAUAAGUUAGAACGUGUGACUAAAACCAGUGCGGCAAGCAUUUGCCUGCAUAAACGUUUUCAGUCAUCAGCACAUGCCAUUUGCAGUUGAAAUGUAUAGCCAAUACCUUACAUUUACAUUUUAGUCAUUUAGCAGACGCUCUUAUCCAGAGCGACUUACAGUUAGUGAAUACAUAUUUUUUUAUACUGGCCCCCGUGGGAACGAACCCACAACCCUGGCGUUGCAACGCCAUGCUCUUCAACUGAGCUACAAUUCCCUGCCGCAUUCCCUCCCCUACCCUGGCGACGCAUGGGCCAAUGGUGCGCCGCCCAUGAGUUCCCGGUCGCGACCGGCUGCUGACAGAGCUGGAUUAACAGACUCUAGUGGGCACAGUUAGCCUGACGAUUCAGUGCAUCAGACACUGCCAUUAGCAGUUGAAAUAUACCAUUUUGUAUUGAAUAACAGUGUAAUGUACGUAUGGUUUCUGUGGGAAAACAUUGUUGUAAUGAACAGCUAGCUUGUGCUUGUCAUAACUUACUCUCAUUGCGAGGUUGCCAUAAGGUGUUUGUUUACAUGACCUUUACAUGACCUGUUGUAAACACUGUAGUAAAUCUGCUCAAGAGAAAUGCUGAGAUUAGGAACAGCAUGUUACUGCAUUUCAAUGCUUAUUUGUGAACUUGUGAACAGUGCAUUUUCAGAUUUACUUUGAAACAAAGUUUCAUUCAGCCAGCCACCCCUUGUGGUGGUUUAGCACAAACACUUUUGCAUACUUCAUAUCCACUGCCAUAGAUAGACACAUCUUUAAGUUGUACCUAAGAAGGUAAACUAAACAAGUUUACUGUCGUAUUUAUAGAGGAUAUAGUUUCUUUUUGGUGGAUAUCCUGUAAACCACAAAUAAAAUGUUCUGCAAAUAAAAUGUUCUGAAAUAAUGUUAAUCUAAAUAUUUUGUUAAGAAAUCAUCAUUUAUGUUAUCUGUUAAUCCGUUAGAACACAAUUUGUGUAAAAAAAAGGUAUGUUUUUCAUUUCACCCAAAAAAUGAUAUAUCGGCUGAUAUAUCGUGAUUCAGUGACUUUUGCCUCCCUAAAAUCAGUAUCGGACCCAAAAAUCCCAUAUCGGUUGGUCUCUACUCUCCAACUUGUACCUUCUGGAGAUACACUAUAUAUAUAAAAGUAUGUGGACACCCCUUCAAAUGAGUGGAUUCGGCUAUUUCAGCCACACCCGUUGCUGACAGGUGGGUAAAAUCGAGCACACAGCCAUGCAAUCUCCAUAGACAAACAUUGGCAGUAGAAUGGCCUUACUGAAGAGCUCAGUGGCUUUCAACGUAGAACCGUCAUAGGAUGCCACCUUUCCAACAAGUCAGUUUGUCAAAUUUCUGCCCUGCUAGAGCUGCCCUGGUCAACUAUAAGUGCUGUUAUUGUGAAGUGGAAACGUCUAGGAGCAACAACGGCUCAGCCGCAAAGUGGUAGGCCGCACAAGCUCACAGAACGGGACCGGCGAGUGUUGAAGCACGUAGCGCGUAAAAAUUGUCUGUCCUCGGUUGCAACACUCACUACCGAGUUCCAUACUGCCUCAGGAAGCAACGUCAGCACAAUAACUGUUCGUCGGGAGCUUGGUUUCCAUGCACGAGCAGCCGCACACAAGCCUAAGAUCACCAAGCGUCGGCUGGAGUGGUGUAAAGCUCGCUGCCAUUGGACUCUGUCACGGUUUCGGCCGAGGCGGCCCCUCCUUGUUCGGGCAGGUUUCGGCGGUCGUCGUCUCCGGAGUACUAGCUGCCACCGCUCUAUGUUUCUUGUUUGAUUGGUUUUGUCUGUUUGUCACACCUGUUUUGUGUUAUGUCUCAAUUAGCACCCUAUUUAGUUUCCUUGUUGUUAGUUAGGUGUUGUGUGUAAUUGUUCCAUGUCGUGUUGCUGCGCUGCAUGUAUUUUGGUGCGCUAUUUUGUGCUUUCCUCCUUGUUUGUGUUUUAGGAGUAGAUUACGCACUUGUUGAUUGCGCCCGUUUGUAUACGCCUGUGCGCGCUUUUCUCGCCUCCGGGCUGGUUUUGGAUAUUUAUUGUGAUAUCUACUAAAGUAUUUUUGUUGGACUUUACUUCUGCCUCCUGCGCCUGAUUCCACACCACACCUACCAUAGCAACUCCUGACAGACUCUGGCAGUCCGACGGACUAAUCUGGGUUUGGCGGAAGCCAGAAGAACGCUAUCUGCCCGUAUACCAACUGUAAAGUUUGGUGGAGGAGGAUUAAUGGUCUGGGGCUGUUUUUCAUGGUUCGGACUAGGCCCCUUAGUUCCAGAGAAGGGAAAUCUUAACACUACAAUAUCCAAUAACCUAGACUAUUCUGUGCUUCCAACUUUGUGGCAACAGUUUGGGGAAGGCCCUUUCCUGUUUCAGCAUGACAAUGCCCCCGUGCACAAAGCGAGGUCUGUACAGAAAUGGUUUGUCGAGAUCGGUGGAAGAACUUGACUGGCCUGCACAGAGCCCUGACCUCAACCCCAUCGAACACCUUUGGGAUGAAUUGGAACGCCGACUGCGAGCCAGGCCUAAUCGCCCAACAUCAGUGCCUGACCUCACUAAUACUCUUGUGGCUGAAUGGAAGUCCCCGCAGCAAUGUUCCAACAUCUAGUGGAAAGCCUUCCCAGAAGAGUGGAGGCUGUUAUAGCAGCAAAGGGGGGACCAACUCCAUAUUAAUGCCCAUGAUUUUGGAAUGAGAUGUUCGACGAGCAUGUGUCCACAUGCAUUUGUUCAUGUACUGUAUCUUGGCCAGCUAUAGGUUGUAUUCAGUUGUGGGCCCUAUUCUUGAAUUGCACGUUUCAUCACAAUAUCGUUGUGAACAUUCUAAGCGUUCUCCUCAUUGAAUUGUCAAUGGCGCUGAUGAAGACAUACAGUGGGGAGAACAAGUAUUUGAUACACUGCCGAUUUUGCAGGUUUUCCUACUUACAAAGCAUGUAGAGGUCUGUAAUUUGUAUCAUAGGUACACUUCAACUGUCAGAGACAGAAUCUAAAACAAAAAUCCAGAAAAUCACAUUGUAUGAUUUUUAAGUAAUUAAUUUGCAUUUUAUUGCAUGACAUAAGUAUUUGAUCACCUACCAACCAGUAAGAAUUCCGGCUCUCACAGACCUGUUAGACCCGCCAAGCCGUGCUUCUUAACACCCGCCCGCUUAACCCGGAAGCCAGCCGCACCAAUGUGUCGGAGGAAACACCGUUCACCUGACGAUCGAGGUCAGCCUGCAGGCGCCCGGACCGCCACAAGGAGUCGCUAUUGCGUGAUGAGUCAAGUAAAGCCUCAUGCGAUGAGCCAAGUAAAGUCUUACAGUUCAUGUAAGUAAAUCAGUCAAUUGAUAAAAAAAUAUUUGGCCCUAAUCUAUGGAUUUCACAUGACUGGGAAUACUGAUAUGUUGGUCAAAGAUACCUUUAAAAAAAAGUAUGGGUGUGGAUCUGAAAACCAGUCAGUAUCUGGUGUGACCACCAUUUGCACAUUUUAGAGUGGCCUUUUAUUGUCCCCAGCACAAAGUGCACCUGUGUAAUGAUCAUGCUGUUUAAUCAGCUUCUUGAUAUGCCACACCUGGCAGGUGGAUGGAUUAUGCCACACCUGGCAGGUGGAUGGAUUAUCUUGGUAAAGGAGAAAUGCUCACUAACAGGGAUGUAAAGAAAUUAGUGCCCAAAAUGUGAGAAAAAUAAGCUUUUUGUGCGUAUGGAACGUUUCAGGAAUCUCUUAUUUCAGCUCAUGAAACAUGGGACCAACACUUUACAUGUUGCGUUUAUAUUUUUGUUCAGUGUAUUUCAAGGCCACUAUAGUGUAAUUUAGACUUAACAGUCAUUAGCCCCCAUUCAAAAUGACUGGGUAUCACUGUACUUUUGGGCACCAAUGCUGUGGCGUCUGUAGAACGUUCAUAACAAUGGCAACAAUGGGACAGAGUGACGGAGCUGCAACCCAUGAAUUCGGAGUUGAGAUAACCAUGUGUAACAGUAUUGCUUCCUUCCCCCUCCUUGCCCCAACAUGGGUUCGAACCAGUAACCCUCUGAACUAGGAUUGGGCGAUAUUAUGUUAGCCUUCGUCGAUGGUGAUGACAUUGUGAUGUGACAGACGAUGGUUUAGCCUAUUUGAACUUGACGUAGUCUCGCAGUGCACAAGUGACAUUCCGAGUAAUUUGUCUAUUCCUAUUUGCUGUAGCCUAUUUCAACAAAUAUGAUUUAUACAGAACGCAAGAGAGGAAUGUAGUCUAGACAAAGCGGAGAAUUCCACCAAAGCAGUGCAAAAUGUACAGUCAGAAAAUAUUGUUUCUAUCGCUCUGUCAGAUGCAUGGGCCUCAGGCUAUAGCCUAAACCUUUAAAAAAUAUAUAUAAUAAACUAUCAUAACUAUCUUGUCUAGUUGUUUUUAAAAACUUAGACUAUGUUCCCUUCGCUCUCCAUUCUAGGCUAUGAAUAUGACUUUGGGCUAUUUGGCUACGCUUUCAUCGUUUUAUUCAUGGCUUUCUUCCAAUAAAACAAUGAAUGCAACAGAGUUACAUCUCAAAACCUUGUUGGAAUAGCCUAAAAACGUAAGGUAGCCAGGGGACUAAUAAUGAGAGAGAACAAUGUCAAUAGCCUAUAGAAAAAUCGAAUGACAAGUUUAUGCUUAUUAAGAAAUAAAUUAUCCAUGCAGGCCAGGAAAAUUCCUCAAUGCAAGGUUGAAAACCAAAUUGGCAGUAACAUAUCCUCCUACUAAGCCUAUUAUAAACGUUUAAGAGAAGUUAAAGGUUGCAAUAUGCAGAAGUCGCUGCGCCAUUUCCUGGUUGCUAAUAUUCUAAUAGUUUAAUUUCAGUUUAUGUGACAAAUGUCAUUUUACCAUCUAAACUGCUGUGAAAUAUAUGUUCAAUAACCAAAAAUAUUGUAUUUUCAACUGUUUGAAGCUGGUGUACAAAACCGUAAGCAAAAGACAGAAAAACAAAACUUAAGAUUGGGAAGCAUAAAAAUAGCGCACAUAGAACAGAUCUACCGCUUCUUAGACUUGGGUUGAAUGAUAAUGACACAUUUCUAUGUGAAUUUGGUCAGGUCGCCCAAAAAGUUACAUAUUGUAGCUUUUUAAAGUUAUGAACAGUAACUUAUUUCCAAAAUAUUCUAGUUUAAGAGGGUGUUGUCCUAAAGUUGCCGCUUUCAAAAAGAACAAGAAUGAAAGUCUAUAGCAUAGGCUAUUCUCAACCACAGCUGUAUGAGAGAUAGAACAAACAAUAUUAUUGAUUUACUAUUAGUUUAUGAGGCAAAUAAAGCAAUUAUCCAGUUAUUAGCCACUAACUAUCUAGCCAUUUCACAUUGGCUAAAUAUGCAUGCUUAACUAAUGCGUAAAUCAUUCAUUAAUGUAAAUGGGAGACCUUUGCGAAAAAUUCAAGUGACGUGCCCUGAUCUCAUGUCAGAAUAAUACUGUCCUAUGUGUUGUACAGUCAGGAACUAACGAGGCAAUGCAUGCUAGUGACCCACAUAUGGCCCAUCAUCAGAGAGAAACUAGAGGUGGCUUCCCUCUACCCUGCUAUUAGGGCUCUGGUCAAAAGUAGUGCACUCUGUAGGGAAUAGGAUCCCAUUUGGGAUGCAAACUCUACCCAGCUCAGCUCUGCUGUAGGUCUAUUGGGGUUCAGGAGGAGGUCCAGUCACGGUGUCCUGUUGACCUGCUUCUCUGUCUCUCUCUGCUGCUCUGCCAUCUAUAUGACAACAUGCUAGGCUUUCUGUCACCUGACUUGAUACUGCGCUGGCCUCGAUAUUUGACUUCUGUCUAUUAGGCUUCUCUACCCAGCCCAGCUCUGCCCAGCUCUACUGUAGGUCUGUUUGGGAGGUCCAGUCACUGUGUCCUGCUGGCCGGCUUCUCUGUCCAUGCUGUUCUGUUUUCUAUUGUGUCACAGCAGGCUAGGCCUCCUGUCACCUGACUGGCUGUGGCCUGGCCUCAAUGUCUGACUUGGUAGUUGAUUAUUGUAUCAGACAGUGAUUCUCAUUCUUAUAAGCAUAGUGCAGUUCAUUUUGUCAAGGGAAUAUGAGUCAUCUGAAGCAGCUGUUUUUAAAUCCACUUGUUUGAAACCUGGGGCUAUACCUGAUACCUCAACCAUGUGUUUGCAGUUUUGGCCAGGAGAUGGCGCUAAAAUAUCACCUUUUAACCAAACACUGCAAUGGAUUUACAUAUUACAUCAGUCAGCAGUGUUGUUCAACCCUCGUCCUGGAGAGCUACAGUGUGUUGGGUUUUGUUCUAGCCCAGCACUAACACAACCGAUUCAGCUCAUCAUCAGGUGUGUUGGUGCUGGGUUGGAAUAUAAACCCUGUAUUGGUCUCCAGGAUGAGGGUUGAAGAACACUGUGUUACAGGGUGGCAUUUUAAGGAUGAAUGAACUGGUUUGUGAUUGUGGGCUGGUUUCCCAGACACAGAUUCAGCCUAUUCCUGGACUAAAUCACACUUUAAAGGAGAAUCUCAGUUGAGAAUAUUUUUUAGUCCAGGACUAGGCUUAAUCUGUGUCUGGGAAUUCACCCCUGUGAGGUGUUGGUGCUGUUCUGUGGGUGACAUCUCCUUUUAGACAUUGACCUGACUCAAACCCCUUCUAUUGCCCUGAGUCAGCUCAACGUAUUAUUCCUCUGACUACAGAGUGGACCAAGGCCUUUAAGACACAUGUUCUUUCUUUAAAAGCCCUAUUCGGACGGGAUAAGUUAUACUGGAGGAGGUCAGGUAAUGUAAUGAUGUGCACAAGCACAAAACACCAACCACUUCUGUAAUUUUAGUCCCAUCCGAAUCCGCCAUGUCAGUCAUUUUUACAUGGCAGGAGAGUAACAAUUCCAGCCAGAAUAACCUACAGUUUUUUUGGCAAACUCCAAAGUCCCCUGAUAAUACUAGUCCCGUGUGAAACAACAUCCCUGUGUUUUGAGAGAAAUGUCUGAGUUUGACAGGUGUUGCUCGAGGUUUGAGCAAGAAAACAAUAAUUGAUUAGAUACAUUUAACAAAGUGCUGCGUAUAGCCUUUAUAUGAAAGGCCUACAUGUAUCAACUUGCACAGUGAAUGGUUUUGUUUCUACGUUUUGUGCGAAUGAAUUGAACAACGGCAAAUGCAUGAUAAAAAAAUAUUGUGCCUAUUUAAUGCAAACCUUGCUGUUAAUAGAUCGCAAAGCAGCAUACAACUGAGCUAAAUGUUUGGAAAUUACAAGUUCACUUUCUCAUACAUAGCCUAAAACGAAUAUCAAGUGCGCUGUUUAGCUCACAUCUGAAGGCUGGGGGGCAUUUGGGGCGUAUUCUAUUGCGGAUCGCUAAAAUAUCCUAAUGAUUAUGAUCCCACUUCCUCAAAUCAAAUAUUAUGGUGACUCUAUGCCAAAUAUAUUUUCUCAAACUUGGGAACCUAGCUCAAGUUUUCAGUGUAGCCUGUUAUGGCCCGGACUUAUUAAAAUAUCCUCAGGCCUAGAAAAAAAAACUCCAGGGUUCUGUCAUAACCAACGUUCUCCAGUAAUACUAGUCCCGUGCGAAUAGGGCUAAAGACAACACCCUGGUAAAAUCGUUUUUUCAUACCAAAUACGUAUCCAACUGUCAAGGUCACUUACCUAAUCGUUGCCUGGUAUAUUUAAUUAAGCCUUCUUCAAACAUUUGCUCAUUUGGCAGAGAAUAAAGAAGUAGUCAGCACUUCCAUGGUGUAGGCUAUUUAGCCUGUGAAUGUAUUUGCUUUGGGUAGACUCGACCUUGUACAUUAAGUGUCUUUGAGGGUCAGGCCUAACUUUGAUCAAUUCAAUUAAAAUAACGUUUUUUUCCUGUGAGAAGUUAUUUAGUCGAGUGAUUAAUAAAACAAAACAAGUAUGCAAAUAGCAUGCACACAAAUGUGCCCAAUGCAGUAACAUAACAUUCACAUUAGGUAGGGAACAUUGAGAUUGACAGUCAUUGAAUAGUUCCUCUCUUCUGUCUCUUUUGGCAGGAAGGAGCUGCUGCAAUGCGGAGCCCUAAAUCCAGAGAGAGACCUGUACCUGGGAAAACUGGCCCUCACCAAGUUCCCCAAGAGCCCCGAGACAUGGAUACACAGGUAGGACUGGAGAGGGGUGUGUGUGUGUGUGUGUGUGCGCGCGUGCGCGUGCAUGGGUGCCUGCAUGUGUGUGUGUCCACAUUCAAUAUUUUAAAAAUAUUAAACUGUAACGAUUUUACGAUGCAUGUUUCGUCACCAGUGGACCAAAGUAUUUUAGUGCCUCUAAAACGAUGGCAUUUAUAGGUUCCACUGUAAAUCCUCUCACACACUUAAACACAACACAUACACACACGUCCGAUAAACACACACACCCUUACACACACUUACACACGUCACACGCACAUACACACACAGACGGUUAAACAGGUCCAAUCUUUACUGCCUCUGCUGAGUCCCUGCUCGGCUCUAAACCAGGCCACAGAAUAAAUCUGUUGAAAUAUUAAUGAUGGAAUAAAGUUAUGCAAUUUACCACCACUAACCCAAGCUGAGAGGGAGGGAGGGAUGGAGAGAGUUAAUGAGGGAUGAAGAGAGAGGAGGAGAGAAGGAAAGCGAGAGAGUGUGGGGUGGAGAGAAAGGGGGAGAGUGAGAGAGGGUGGUGGUGGAGAGAGAGAGAAGGAUGGAGAAAGACUGAAUAAGAAAGAGAGAGAGAAACAGAGGUAUGCACAGGAGUGAGAGAGAGUGGGGAGAUCUCCUUUGAGAGACGGACGGUCACUGGGCCAAGCCAGCCUACUUCCCACAGUUUACCCCCCGCCCCCCGUCAUGUUAGAUCAAGACCAAGCCCCCGCCGGGAGGCCAUAGGAUCACAUCCCAUCAGAUAGACACCCUUCCUACCUGCCACCCUGCAAGCCCCAAGGGACCCUGGGAGAUUAGGGUCACAUGAUCAUCAAUGGCCUGACCCUGGUUUCAUUCAGCAUAUUGUAGAAGGAGGGCGAAAGAGAGGGUGAAAAGGGAGGAAGGGUGAGGGGUAUAGAGUAGAAACGGAGGGGCAAUAAUGGAGAGAGGGUGAGGGGGAGGGAGGACACUCCCUAGCAUCAGCUCUAUGCAAGGGCAUGGCUGUUGUUCUGCAGGAAUUGUUGCAUCAUGUCAUCAUGUGCUGCCUACUGGAGAGGGGAGGUUCCAGAUGGAGAUUCCAGCAGCAGUUUGUUUACAUCCUCUAGCUGUAGCAUGAGAACAGGGAUUAUUAUGUCACAGUGGGCUAACACUGAGACAUGGUCAUGGUGAAUGGUGGUUUUCUACAGUGCCUUCAGAAAGUAUUCACACCCCUUAACUUUUUCCACAUGUUGUGUUACAGCCUGAAUUUAAAAUAGUUAACGAUUUUUUUUCACUGGCCUACACACAAGCGGAAUUAUUAUUAUUAUUAUAUUUUUUGUACGAAUUAAUUACAAAUGAAAAGCUGAAAUGUCUUGAGUCAAUAAGUAUUCAAUCCCUUUGUUAUGGCAAGCCUAAAUAAGUCCAUGAGUAAAAAUGUGCUUAACAAGUCACAUAGUAAGUUGCAUGGACUCACUCUGUGUGCAAUCAUUGUGUUUAACAUGCUUUCACUGUUGCCAGAGAGGAAGGAAACCGCUCAGGGAUUUCACCAUGAGGCCAAUGGUGACUUAAAAACAGUUACAGAGUUUAAUGGCAAAACAGUUACAAAGUUUAAUUGGCUGUGAUAGGAGAAAACUGAGGAUGGAUCAACGACAUUGUAGUUGACAGAGUGAAAAGAAGGAAGCCUGUACAGAAUACAAAUAUUCCAAAACAUGCAUCCUGUUUGCAACAAGGCACUAAAGUAGUACUGCAAAAAAUAUGGCAAAGCAAUUAUGUUUGGAGCAAAUCCAAUCCAACAUGUUACUGAGUACCGCUCUGCAUCAUGUUAUGGCUAUGCUAGUAAUCGUUAAGGACUGAGUUUUUCAGAGUAGAACAGAAACGGAAUGGAGCUAAGCGAAGGCAAAAUCCUAGAGGAAAACAUGGUUCAUGUUGCUUUCCAUCAGACACUGGGAGAUGAAUUCACCUUUCAGCAGGACAUUAACUUAAAACACAAGGCCAAAUCUACACUGGAGUUGCUUACCAAGAAGACAUUGAAUGUUCCUGAGUGGCCGAGUUACAGUUUUGACUUAAAUCUGCUUGAAAAUCUAUGGCAAGAAAAUGGUUGUCUAGCAAUGAUCAGCAACCAAUUUGACAUAGCUUCAAUAAUUUUGAAAAGCAUAAUGGGCAGAUGUUUCACAAUCCAGGUGUGGAAAGCUCUUAGAGACUUACCAAGAAAGACUCACAGCUGCAUUCCCUGCCAAAGGUGAUUCUAACAUAUAUUGACUCAGGCAGUUUAAUAGUUAUCUAAUCAAGAUAUUUGAUACACUGCCAAUUUUGCAGGUUUUCCUACUUACAAAGCAUGUAGAGGUCUGUAAUUUUUAUCAUAGGUACACUUCAACUGUGAGAGACGGAAUCUAAAACAAAAAUCCAGAAAAUCACAUUGUAUGAUUUUUAAGUAAUUAAUUUGCAUUUUAUUGCAUGACAUAAGUAUUUGAUCACCUACCAACCAGUAUGAAUUCCAGCUCUCACAGACCUGUUAGUUUUUCUUUAAGAAGCCCUCCUGUUCUCCACUCAUUACCUGUAUUAACUGCACCUGUUUGAACUCAUUACCUGUAUAAAAGACACCAGUCCACACACUCAAUCAAACAGACUCCAACCUCUCCACAAUGGCCAAGACCAGAGAGCUGUGUAAGGACAUCAGGGAUAAAAUUGUAGACCUGCACAAGGCUGGGAUGGGCUACAGGACAAUAGGCAAGCAGCUUGGGGAGAAGGCAACAACUGUUGGCGCAAUUAUUAGAAAAUUGAAGAAGUUCAAGAUGACGGUCAAUCACCCUCGGUCUGGGGCUCCAUGCAAGAUCUCACCUCGUGGGGCAUCAAUUAUCAUGAGGAAGGUGAGGGAUCAGCCCAGAACUACACGGCAGGACCUGGUCAAUGACCUGAAGAGAGCUGUGACCACAGUCUCAAAGAAAAUCAUUAGUAACACACUACGCCGUCAUGGAUUAAAAUCCUGCAGCGCACGCAAGGUCCCCCUGCUCAAGCCAGCGCAUGUCCAGGCCCGUCUGAAGUUUGCCAAUGACCAUCUGGAUGAUCCAGAGGAGGAAUGGGAGAAGGUAAUGUGGUCUGAUGAGACAAAAAUAGAGCUUUUUGGUCUAAACUCCACUUGCCUUGUUUGGAGGAAGAAGAAGGAUGAGUACAACCCCAAGAACACCAUCCCAACCGUGAAGCAUGGAGGUGGAAACAUAACUCUUUGGGGAUGCUUUUCUGCAAAGGGGACAGGACGACUGCUGAGGAUGGAUGGGGCCAUGUAUCGCGAGAUCUUGGCCAACAACCUCCUUCCCUCAGUAAGAGCAUUGAAGAUGGGUCGUGGCUGGGUCUUCCAGCAUGACAACGACCCGAAACACACAGCCAGGGCAACUAAGGAGUGGCUCCGUAAGAAGCAUCUCAAGGUCCUGGAGUGGCCUAGCCCGUCUCCAGACCUGAACCCAAUAGAAAAUCUUUGGAGGGAGCUGAAAGUCCAUAUUGCACAGCGACAGCCCCGAAACCUGAAGGAUCUGGAGAAGGUCUGUAUGGAGGAGUGGGACAAAAUCCCUGCUGCAGUGUGUGCAAACCUGGUCAAGACCUACAGGAAAUGUAUGAUCUCUGUAAUUGCAAACAAAGGUUUCUCUACCAAAUAUUAAGUUCUGCUUUUCUGAUGUAUCAUAUACUGAUGUCAUGCAAUAAAAUGCAAAAAUAUUUUUUUCUUUACAUAGUUGAAUGUGCUGACAACAAAAUCACACAAAAAUACUUGUUCUCCCCACUGUGUGUAUGUAUAUAUAUAUAUAUAUAUAUAUAUAUAUAUAUAUAUAUACUACCAGUCAAAAGUUUGGACACACCUACUCAUUCAAGGGUUUUUCUUUAUUUAUAAAAAUGUUUACAUUGUAGGAUAAUAGUGAAGACAUCAAAACUAUGAAAUAACACAUAUGGAAUCAUGUAGUAAACAAAAAACGUGUUAAACAAAUCAAAAUAUAUUUUAUAUUUGAGAAUCUUCAAAUAGCCACCCUUUGCCUUGAUGACAGCUUUAAACACUCUUGACAAUCUGUCAACCAGCUUCAAAUGGAAUGCUUUUCCAACAGUCUUGAAGGAGUUCCCACAUAUGCUGAGCACCUGUUGGCUGCUUUUCCUUCACUCUGCGGUCCAACUCAUCCCAAACCAUCUCAAAUGGGUUGAGGUCGGGGGAUUGUGGAGGCCAGGUCAUCUGGUGCAGCACUCCAUCACUCUCCUUCUUGGUAAAAUAGCCCUUACACAGCCUGGAGGUGUGUUGGGUCAUUGUCCUGUUGAAAAACAAAUGAUAGUCCCACUAAGCCCAACCAGAUGGGAGGGCGUAUCGCUACAGAAUGAUGUGGUAGCCAUGCUGGUUAAGAAUUCUAAAUAAAUGACAGACAGUGUCACCAGCAAAGCACCCCCACAACAUAACACCACCUCCUCCAUGCUUUACGGUGGGAAAUACACAUGCAGAGAUCAUCCGUUCACCCACACUGCGUCUCACAAAGACACGGCGGUUGGAACCAAAUAUCUCCAAUUUGGACUCCAGACCAAAGGACAAAUUUCCACCUGUCUAAUGUCCAUUGCUCGUGUUUCUUGGCCCAAGCAGGUCUCUUCUUGUUAUUGGUGUCCUUUAGUAGUGGUUUCUUUGCAGCAAUUUGACCAUGAAGGCCUGAUUCACACAGUCCCCUCUGAACAGUUGAUGUUGAGAUGUGUCUGUUACUUGAACUCUGUGAAGCAUUUAUUUGGGCUGCAAUUUCUGAGGCUGGUAACUCUAAUGAACUUAUCCUCUGCAGCAGAGGUAACUCUGGGUCUUCCAUUCCUGUGGCGGUCCUCAUGAGAGCCAGUUUCAUUUACAUUUACAUAAUUUAGCAGACGCUCUUAUCCAGAGCGACUUACAAAUUGGUGCAUUCAACUUAUGAUAGCCAGUGGGACAACCCCCAUUUUUUUGUGUGUGGGGGGGGGGGGAGCUUUUUUGUGGGGGAGUUUGGCCUUGUGGGGGAGCUUGUUCCACCAUUGGGGUGCCAGAGCAGCAAAUAGCUUUCACUGGGCUGAGCGGGAACUGUGCUUCCGUAGAGGUAGGGGAGCUAGCUAGUUUCAUCUAGUGCUUGAUGGUUUUUGAGACUGCAUUUGAAGAAACUUUCAAAGUUCUUGAAAUUUUCUGGAUUGACUGACCUUCAUGUCUUAAAGUAAUGAUGGACUGUCGUUUCUCUUUGCUUAUUUGAGAUGUUCUCUUUGCUUAUUUGAGAUGGACUUGGUCUUUUACCAAAUAGGGUAAUCUUCUGUAUACCACCCGUACCUUGUCACAUCACAACUGAUUGGCUCAAAUGCAUUAAGAAGGAAAUAAAUUCCAUAAAUUCACUUUUAAGAAGGCACACCUGUUAAUUGAAAUGCAUUCCAGGUGACUACCUCAUGAAGCUGGUUGAGAGAAUGCCAAGAGUGUGCAAAGCUGUCAUCAAGGCAAAGGGUGGCUAUUUGGUUACUACAUGAUUCCAUAUGUGUUAUUUCAUAGUUUUGAUGUCUUCACUAUUAUUCUACAAUGUAAAAAUAAAGAAAAACCCUGGAAUUAGUAGGUGUGUCCAAACUUUUGACUGGUACAGUAUAUAUAUUUUUUCAAAUGUAAGAAUUUUUCUUCCACUUUGACAUUACAGAGUAUUUUGUGUAGAUUGUUGACCCCAAAAAAAUGACAAUUAAAUCCAUUUGAAUCCCACUUCAUAACACAACAAAAUGUGGAGAAAGUCAAGGUGUGUAUAUGGCCAUAUUUAGUGUGUACAGGACAUGAUCUGACUGACCCAAAAUGACCCCUCAUCUGGCCAGCAAAGUGUUUAGCAGCCUGAGAAGGCUGUGGUUGCACCAUGCAUACUGAGAAUGCCAUGGCAGUUGAUAGUUCACUGAAGUAGCCAUUUUGUAUUGAUGUUAUCCAAGCCUUUUGUCCUGGCUCUGUUGUUGAACCAGAUGCUUAGGUUCGGUUGGUUCUGGGUUUAGGGCUGUUGUUUUGAGAGCCGAGGAUAUUUGAGGUGCGUGUGUGUGUUCAGUCAGUGUAUAUAACGAAACAUUCCCCCUGUGUUACUAGGCGCUGGGUACUACAGCAGGUUCUACGGGAGUGUUCUCCCCCCAGCCCGGACAGGAAGGAGCAGGAGGACGGUGAUCUGCGUGACGCAGCAGAGAGGACGCGGAUUAGUGAGCGCCUCCACAGGGUUCUACACGACGAGAUGAAGGUAUGCGCCGAUGCUGCUGGCCGCUACCCUAGCAACUACAACGCCUGGUCGCACCGUAUCUGGGUCCUGCAGAACAUGGCCCAGGGCAACCUGAAGGUAGGAGUAGGACGCGAUUAGGUCUACCUCGCUCUCUCUCUGGCUUCUUACUUCUCUCUGUGUCCUGUUUUCUUUCCCCCCCUGUUUCUCUCUCCCUCACUCUCUAUCUAUCUCUCUAUCUUUCUCUUUCUCUUCCUCGUUUCUUUCUCUCUCACUCCUUGUGUUUUUUUUUUGUAUCUCUCUCCACUAUUUCUCUCUCUUGUGUUUCCUUCCUUCUCUCUCUCUCUCUCUGCCUCUUAAAUGUAUGUUCAUUGUACAUGGUCUCUGUCAAAACAUUGACAGCUCUUUCAAUGUAAUAUUGACAGAAAACAUCUGUGUGUGCUAGUCAGGCAGGCAGCUAGCUGUGAAUGUGUCAUGCAGCUAGCAUGGCUUAUACAGUAUGACCAGGGUCAGUGUGUCUCCAGCCCGCUCUGCCUCACAUCUCUGGCCUGUCACUGUGUGUUGAGGAGGACAGGAACUUUCUCAAAUCUAAAAUAAGAGGCCUAGGGAUUUAAAGGUGGAUGAAGAGUGUUGUGGCUCAGUUGAUCCGCGCCUAAUCUUUAAGCCACGCCAGGCACUCCUAGGAUAUGAAGAGAUGCUACUGUAUAUUAGGACCAGGGAUAUAGGACUGUGACAGAGUAGACAAUAACAAUGAUACUUUAAUAGGCACUUCAUGUUAUGAUAGGAUAAGCCUACUCUCUGAUCACCCAUUGGAGUUUGGUUAAUGUAAUGGCUGUCCUGAUAGCGUUCGAUUGGUCGAAUCAUGUCUUUGUAAGAAGCCAAAUAAUUUCCCUCUCUCUUUUGGAAUUAUAUGUUGGUUAGCAUAGGGCAAAUACCUUUGAAUGGAAAACCCUGAGUGACUGAGGUCUAAAUCACCUCUCCUCCUCUUUUCUCAGGUCCUCCAUGAUGAGCUGUCCUCCAUGCGUCAGUGGGUCUCCAUGCACGUGUCGGACCACAGUGGCUUCCACUACCGCCAGUUCCUGCUCAAGGCCCUGGUCAGGGAGCUCAGCCAGUCCCUGCACCACCACCAUGCCCCCCGGCCCAGCCCCGGCAGCUCCAGCCCUCGCAGCCCCAGCCCAGCCCCCCAGCCAGCCCACCCAGCCCACCCCCAGCACCAGGCUAACGGAGAGGCCACAGCAGCAGCCCCCUGCCCCUCUCCCGCCACCCCAGAUGACCAGUCCUCGGUGCCGGCCGUGCCCCAACUCUUCCACCAGGAGAUGGAGCUGUGUACUGACCUCAUCCAGUCCUUCCCCGGACACGAGACGCUCUGGUGUCACAGGUACGAGCCCACAGGCCAAUGUCACUGUCACUCAACCUGAGACUACAAUGUUAGCCAAUCACAGAACACAUUUUAUUAUGAGACGCUCUGUUGUCACAGGUGAGACCAAAGGAGGACUAAUCAUGGACCAGCACGUUGCUGUAUCUAGUGUGUGGCCUAAUUUCAGGUAG